CCUUAACAGCAAUGACAGAAGCUCUCACCAGCAAUUGAUUCAAGGAGAAAAUGACCGGUAACGAGGGCGAUACCUAUGGUGGAAACACCGAAACGAUGAGCGGCUCAUCCUGGUCUGACCUGACCUACGAGUGCUUGAUCAAUAUCCUCUCGCGACUGACCUUGGAGCACCGAUGUCUGGGACCUAUGCUCGUUUGCAAGUCAUGGCUCAACGCCUGCAAAGAUCCUUCACUCUACAAGAUUUUUAAUCUCGAAACCCAAUUCAACUCGACCACUGAAUCAUCUCGCUGGUGGACCCCAAAUUUCGAGAGACAAAUAGAUUCUAUGCUCCGUUCCAUCGUCGUUUACAGCUAUGGCAAUCUUACCGAGAUCCGUACUCGACACUGCUCCGAUUUCUCCAUCAAUUUUGUUGCAGAAAGGUGUCCAAAUCUUGAGGUUCUUUGGAUCAAGAGCUGUCCAAGUCUUACUGAUGCAUCAAUGGUUCAAAUAGCAUUUAAAUGCACUAAACUUCGCGAGCUUGAUAUUAGUUAUUGCUACGGAAUUUCUCAUGAAUCUCUUGUAAUGUUAGGGAGGAAUUGCCCUAAUCUUAAGGUUUUAAAGCGGAACUUGAUGAAUUGGUUAGAUCCUUCGCAACAUGGUGGAACUGUUCCUACUGACUAUUUAAAUGCAUGUCCUCUGGAUGGAGAUUCAGAGGCAAAUGCUAUUGCCAAAUUUAUGCCUCAUUUGGAGCAUCUUGAAGUUAGGUUUUCAAAAUUAUCAUCAAAAGGACUUGUGUCGAUUUGUGAAGGGUGUUUGAAUCUUGAGUACUUGGAUAUAUCUGGGUGUGCGAAUCUGACAAGUUGGGAUAUUGUUAAUAUGAAGGCAAGUUUGAGGAAUUUAAAGGAGAUUAAAAAGUCUAAUUUCUAUGUGCCCAGAUCUGACUUUCAUACAGAAAGAUAUGGUCAUUGGAGGUUGUACGACGAGCGAUUCCAGACAGAUGCUUUCCGUUUUUGAUCAGGUGAUCUUUAUCAGAUCAUUGCCUUAUGCUGGUUGGUGGAGCCUUUGAUUUUGGGUUCUGCAACUAUAUUAAUCAUAUCUCCUGUAAUUAUAAGUGGUAGCAUGUUUGUUGCUGUUGGGAGUGUGGCUUGUGUCUUAUAUCUUGCACAAUAUAAUUAUCCCUUCAUGUUUGCCUACUUGAUGGACUUGUGUUCACUUGAAGCAUUCUUGUAAACUGCCAUGGAAUAAUUAUCUAAGUCUCUUGUGCCCCAACAAUGUAGAUCGAUUAUGCAUUUUUUAAGUCUUCUUUUGAAUAACUGUAAUGAAAAAAUAUUUCUCCAUAUUCUUCAAACAUGCUAACAAUUGUGUUUUAUAUGUGAAA